CAUUAAACCGGACAUAGUGUCAGAUAUCUAACCAUGCAGCUAGCAUACUUGUAGUGAUACACGUGUGUCUCUCCCCUGCCCUAACCACACACCCCCUCACACACGUGCACGUGUUGGCAAGUCCACCCUCCUCCGCUCUAUGGCGUGUCGUGAGCUGCGUCUACCAGCUGUUGUGAGUGUACUACACGUGGAGCAAGAGGUCACCGGGGACAACACACUAGCACUGGAUAGUGUACUCAAGUGUGACACUGAGAGAGUGCAGCUGCUCGCUAGAGAGGGGGAGCUACUGGCCUCAGGGGACAAGAACACAGCAGCAGGCAGCGCUUCUGAUGAGCUGGCUGAGGUAUACCUUCCACUACAGGAGAUAGACGCUGACAAAGCACCAGCAAGAGCUGGCUGUAUUCUGGCUGGUCUGGGUUUCACUCCACAGAAGAAUGAGAUUUUAUCUGGCCAGGACACUGUUUGCAAGAUAAGCAGUUUUUUAGAGACGGAAGUGCUGACAUUAAUUAAUCUUCUGUUUUCUAGGGGAAGGCGUGAGUGUUUUUUCAGAAUCAGGCCUGUUUUCAGAGCUAUCUUUUAGCUGCCAUAACUUGAAUUCCAUGGAUACAAUUUCAAUGAUUUUCUGAUUUUCUGAAAGCUUAGAAAAAGACUUGUCAUCAAAGUUUAUAUUUGAGAGAUAAAAGUAUUUGCCAAUUUGGCCAUACCAUGAAUAAUAGCCCAUGGUUAAAGUGUCUUAAAACCGCUAAUUGCUCGCAGUGCCAAAGCUCACUAAUUUGUGUGUCCUAUGCUGUAGAUGUGGGAACACGGAACCAUCGUCGGUUGUGUGCAGUGUAUUAUAUUCGUACCCCCGGGUUUGAAGUGAUCCAUGGACUACUGGACCGUGUCAUGUAGCUGCUAGAGGUGUCCUUCACCAAAGAUGGCAGUGGAUACUUCCUCAAGGCAGCUGAAGAUGAGGGUUGCAUAAGCACAGCUGUGUAUGUGUGUUAGGGACUUGUGAAGGAACUACUGUAUAUGCAUUCAGUCCAGUUUGUUGGGAAUAAAUGGCCUUGAGGUUUUUUGAAGUGUAUGUGUUGGGAAGAUUAUUUUGUCAGAAAAUUAAUUCCUACAACUACACUUGCUCACUGCCCACACUUCUGCACUGCUUGUGUUUACCGCCCCCUCCCCUGCACACACACUCUACCUAUUUCCCGGGCCAUUGUGCAGAGGUGUGUUUACGUGGGAAGGUGAUCGGGAAACUGGGCGUGCUCCAUCCCGGUGUGUCUGUUGUUCAGCUCUAGUGUGUGUGAGACUGGGAGGUGUGUCUGGUGCAGCUGUUCUCACGGCCUCCUCCAACCAGUACCUGCCCUCCGUACUCUCCAGGGAGAACCUAUCUCCUCAGUUGCUUAGAGGCUUUGUCGAUGAUGUCACCAUUUUCUUAGCCACCCUCCAGACAUGUUACACACUCCAUCAGCCUCUAAACCAAGUGCUGGAAUACACGUCGUCCCUCCUCAUCACCUUGAUUUCUCCAUCGCCCCCGGCAACAACUGGAUGUUGGAGGUGGGUAGAGACUAGUCUCGCAAGCAGACUUGUCCUAGAGUUCCUUCACAGCCAGGAAAAUAUACGAGGUGUUACCCGCCCACUAUGAUGUGGACAAAUCUGAUUGGCACUGCCAACAUUCUGGCAGGGGUCCACGGAAUUGCUGCAAUAGUUACCAGACGUUCCCUCCCUCCCACGUCUGCUCGCGAGACUAGGUAGAGACUACGCCAUCACUGUGAAUGUGUUUGACAAAAUGAACCACAAGAUUAUCAUCACUGAGAAUCUCUUGUGCCUGCCGAGCCUGUUUCCAUGACGAUAUGACCAGUGAUGGUCAUAUGCCAGACUGCCCUCUAUUGACUCAGACCAACAAUCACAAUAUUCAGUUUCCUGUGCAGAGUAUUGCAAUAUAGUGUACGUGUUGAUGGACUCUAUAGUUGCUUUGAGUGACCUCGCGUCUGUUGUCAAGCUUAUAAGUACAAUUAUGCAUUGAAAAUGUCAGUUUUCUAGCACUGAAUAAUUCAUUGAUUGUUGUCAGGUUUAAC